UGCUCUGGGGCCGCAGGCGUGUGCUUCCGCUCGGCCGCCGCUCGGCGCUAGAGGAUGCAUGGCGGGCUGCUGCGGUGGCGGCGGUAAGGGCGGGGGCCCCGGGCCGAGGCCCAGCGACGGGGCGGCGCCCCGCCCCGGCGGCCCCAUGCCCCAGCAGCCGGGCUACGGCUUCCAGCAGGCCGUGCCCGUGAGCGCGAUGAACGCGGGCUUCCUGGGCGUGUACCCGGCCAUGGGGCCUGGCCAGAUGGGUGUCUUCGGCACCAUGCAGCCCAGCGGGCACCUGUCCGGCUACCCGCUCUACCCGAUCAUGGGUCAGAUGCAGGUGCAGCCUGGCAUGCCGCAGCCUGGCAUGCAACAGCCGGGAGCCGGCCAGCCCAUGAUGGCCGCCGGGCUGGCGCCGACGCGGCCGAGCGCCGGCGGCUGCGGCGGUCCCGGGCAGCAGCCCACGCCCCCGGACGAGCGCCUGGGCGGCCGCACUCAGGGCUCCGACGGCAAGGGCGGCGGCUUCGGCAGGGGGGGCUUCGGCGGAGGCGGCUACGGCGGAGGCGGUUGCGGCAGGGGCGGUUUCGGCGGGGGCGGCUACGGCGGCCGAGGCCGCGGCCAGGGCGGCGACGGCGCGCCAGGCCCCGCCGGCGGCGAGGCCGGCGGCUUCAGGGACCGCGGCCCCGGCGGCUUCGCAGGCGGGCCCGAGGGGCCCGCCUCGGGCGGCGGCAAGAAGGGCGGCGCCAGGAAGGGCGGCGGCAAGGGCAGGGACGGCUUCGCUGGCCGGGAGGGGGGCUUUGGCCAGCCCCGGGAGCCGUUGGAGGGUGGCGGGGCCCCGCAGCAGAAGGGCGGCUACGGCGGCGGCGACGAGAGCUGGGGAAGAAGCUGGAGCAAGGGCAAGGGCAAAGGAAAGGACAAGGACAAGGAUAAGGACAAGGACAGGGGCAAGGACUCCGCGGAGUGGAGGGAGCGGCAGCGGCAGAGGAGGGCCGAGAGGGAGAAUGAGCAGCCCAACAUCGCGGAGAUCACGCUCCUGGAGCAGACGAUCAAGUUCUGCAAGGGCCUCAUCGUCGGCAAAGAUAGGGACGAGGAGAAGGAGGCGAAGGAGAAGGAGGAGGAAGACAAAAGGAAAGAAGAGGCGAUGAAAGAGAAGAUGGAGGGUUUCGUCGUUCUCGCCAAGAAAGAAAAGGACGACGUUGGGCCCAUAAAGGGCAAGAAAAACAAAGCAUCCAAGACAAAAUCAAAGACGAUCAAGCACAGCGCAGAGACCUUCCAGCUUUUUGCGCAGCUGAAGCUUGAUGCGCCCAUAACCCUCGACGACAUCCCACCCACUCUCGAGAAGCUGGAGUCGCAGUUGGCGAUGUACCAGGAGAAGGCGCUUACGACGGCUUCAUCGCGUGCAUCGUUCUCGGAGGUGGUCUUCGCCCGCCUGGGCUCACCACAACUUGGUCCUGUCGGCGGGAAGGAGCAGAGGGCCGCGCAGCUCCUCGCGGCCGAGCAGGCCCUGCACCCCCCCGAGGAGGAGGAGCUGCAGCCCGCCGAGCCCGCCGAGAACGAAGGGGCCGAGGACGAGGGGGCCGAUGAGCCCGGUGAGGACGUCGGCCAACCGGAGGGAGAGGGCGAAGCCGAAUUGGAGAAGGAGUGCGACCCAGAAGAGGAAGAGGAGAAAGAGCAACAGUCACCUGAAGAGCAGUGAGGCGGCGCCGAGGUGUUCCUAGGGUUGCCGCGCUGCUGCGACCCUGUUUCAGUGAUCUUCCAUCAUUAUGUCCCGCUGAAAACAGUUGAUCCGACAGCCAGCUUCUAAACCCCCGGCAGGCGUAGAGCGCCC